GACCUGAAAAGAGGGUUUUGAUAGGCUGCUAGAACUUCGCAACGGUGUACAACGGCGCGGUCAAUCACGUGACUGUAACUGCUGCUACUGCUGCUGGCUGAGCGAGGCGUGUUAGCAGAUUUUUCUAUUUUGUACAUACAUCCUUUUGUAUAUACUGUAUAUGAUGACUUCAUUGGUCAGCAACCACACCCGGGGGACGCGGGAUAAGACGCUGCCCGUUGCCACACAAACAACACAACCACAGAAACAGAUACAGGCCACAGCGGAACAGAUUCGUUUAGCCCAAGUAAUCUACGACAAAAAUGACGCUGACUUUGAAGAUAAGGUCAAACAGCUCAUUGAAGUUACUGGAAAGACUCAAGAUGAGUGCAUGGUAGCCCUUCAUGACUGCAAUGAGGAUGUAAACAGAGCCAUCAACUUUCUUCUUGAGAGCACCUCUGACACAAACUCAUGGGAGACAGUGGGAAAGAAGCGUAGCCUUGGGAAAGAGGGAGGGACAUCAGAAAUAAAAGAGAGCCGGGAGAAGAGAGCAGAGAGAGAAGUCAGUCGUGGACGUGGGGGUUCCAACAGGAGGGGGAGAGGCAUCAGCCGAGGGCGUGAAGGUCGUUCAGAGGAGAAUGGUUUUGAGAUGGCUCCUGGAGAAAGAGCGUUGGAUCGUGGCCGUGGAGGGAGGGGGAGAGGGGGUCGUGGCAGAGGACGAGCUGCUGGUGGGAGCAGAUUUUCUUCUCAAGGAAUGGGAACAUUCAAUCCUGCAGACUACACUGCUAACUCUGGAGCUCGCCAAGAGAAUUGGGAAGGUGAUGGCAACGAAACAGCUGAAGGAUCUGGAACUUGGGGAGGCAAUCUGGAAGAUUGGACUUCAGAGGACUGGAGUGAGGAUUUGUCCGAGACCAAAGUUUUCACUGCCUCCUCUACUCCAGCCAACCCCAUUCCACCUGGACACAAUUCUGACCUGGCUAGCUUACUGCCUAAAACUGGUGUCCCUGCUGGAGGUCCUAUGGAAUCUGACCUUGGAGCAAUAGGCGAUGGUCCUUCGGCAGAGGAUUUAGGUCAAAAUCUGGUCUUCACCAAUUCCCACCACAAUGGGCGCACUGCGACACACAGCUAUGCACACGCCACAGCCAGUAGCUACGCCCAUGCUGCCUCUGCUAGCACCACUUACGCACAUGCUGCACUGUCCCCAGUUAUAAGUUCUGGCUUUGGAUCUCUGAAUGCUAGCAAGCAAACACCAACUCCUGAUGUUCGAAAACCAGAGGAACAAGACAGGUCUCGGCUUAUUCAGAGAACCGCUAACAUUGUGCCAACUACAAGCAACAGUCAAGCCUCUCAAGAGGCAGGGACACCCUCAGUGCAAAAUCUUGCACCUUCAUCUUCUGCAGACGUCAAGCCUCAAAGGCUGGAAAAUGGCCCUCUUAUGUACCAAAAGUUGGAAAUGAAGCUACAGCCAGAGCCUUCAGCAGUGCUCAGUCAGUUGACUCAGAGGCAGCAACCGUCCUCCAUUCUGUCCACCACCGAGUCCCUGGGCCUGUCUCAAUCACAUGCACCACAGGUUCCCACACCACCUGGUCAGGAGUCCUCAAAUGUUCUCACAAGAGACGGCAAUUCCUCAGGAGGCAAGCUUUCAAGUUUGGAGCCUUCUCUGUCUGAGCCCCCUCAGCGGCAGUUAAAGGCACAAAGACGAAGAGCGCCCCCUCCCUCUAAGAUUCCGUCAUCAGCUGUGGAGAUGCCAGGGUCAGCAGAUGUACCCGGCCUGAACGUUCAGUUCGGAGCUCUUGACUUUGGUUCAGAGGCAGGAAGUGAGGCUACAGACAUGUCGCAGACGGAGUCACCCAGAGAACACACCCCUGCGAUGGCCCCAGCACCCAUUUCACUUUCCACAGGAGUUCCAACUCAGCAGCCACAGAGCAGCAUAUUCUCAAAGCCAGGAGCAGUUAGCUUACCAUCUGCUGUCUCGGAGCCCAGCUUCCCCUCUUCAUCUCUAGGCUUACCCACCGCUAGUCCCUCACCGUCCCUUGGUCUUCCUAGUGCAGCGGCACCGUCCUCUACAGCCAAUCGCGUGGACAGCGCCCAAAGAUCCUUCACAGCCCAUCUCAGGUUUCCCCAGAGCAAAGAUGUCCCAUCAGCUGCCAGUGCAUCUCUCACAAUGAAUGGCUUUGCUGGCAUGAAGACACAAAGCGCACAAGAAACGGCAGCUUCAGUAAAAACUGAUACUGCUGUUAUGACAAGUGAGAGUAGCUCUGGCCAUCAUGUUCCCUCCCCGGCAGUUACACCUUCACACUCUGCACCCAUCUCGUCAUUAAGCGGGCUUGGGAGCAGUGCACUCUCAACUGGAUCAGCCCUUGUUACAAGUUCUUCUCUCACACAGAGCGAAGGCAGUAGCAAUCUUCAUGCCUUUUCAUCAUCAUCCAGCCAAGUCAUCAAUCCAAGUACAUCUGCCCCUCCAGUUAUCAGUAGCUCAUCUACCAAUGGCCUACACCAGUCUGGAGCGCCAGGUCUUGCUCCAAAUGGCACCAGCUCCACCCUCCCAGCUGCAGGCAGCCGCACAGCCCCACUGCUUACCACCACUUCUAGUAAAGCUCCCCCCAACCUUGCCCAGGGUGUCCCACCUCUUCUGGCCAACCAGUACAUCAUGGGUCCUGGAGGCUUACUCCCUGCUUAUCCUCAGAUUUAUGGGUAUGAAGACUUGCAAAUGCUGCAGUCUCGCCUUCCAUUGCAGGACUACUAUGGUGUGACAUUUCCUGGUGCUGCUGCUCCAAUGCCAGGGAGAGAUGGUUUGGCAAAUAACCCAUAUACUGGUGAGGCAACAAAGUUUGGCCGAAACGAUUCUUCGUCCCCAGCUCCCCCUACCAGCCUCUCUACAGCGGGGGUGUCACAGCCCCAGCAGACUCAGCAGACCGGCUCGCAGGGCCAAGCUCAAAGCCAGGGUCAGCAGGCACAAAACCAGGCCUUCCUCAACCCCCCUCUGCCCCCUGGAUACGGAUACCCAAGUCUCCCAUACUACGCUGGCAUGCCAGGAGUUCCCUCCGCCUUUCAGUACACUCCCGCAGUUUUUGUGCCUCCCAGUUCGGCCAAACAGCCAACAAUGGGCUUGGCAAAUCCCACCAGUCAGUAUCAUCAGCAGCAUCAGCCCAGCUAUGGACAGCAUGCGUACAGCACAGCCUUUGAUGACCUAUCUCAAGCCCAUGGUGGUGAAUUCAAUAAGGCAGGGUAUGGAAGUUCUGCCCAGUCACAGCCCAAGUCAGCGGGCAGCGGCCAAGGGAAAGAUGAUUCUGCAGCCAAGAGUCUUCUGGAGAUGGCACCAGGAUUGACGGGAUCAGGUACCAAUAGUGGAGUACCAGACAUGGGGGGUUCCAUCUACAGCAAAACACAGCCAUUUGACAAGCAGGGCUUCCACACAGGGACUCCACCCCCUUUCAACCUGCCUUCAGCUAUGGGAGGAACAGGGCCCAUGAAUCCAGGGGGUGCACCUGGCUAUGCUCCUGCUCCUUUCUUGCACAUUUUGCCUCCACACCAACAACCGCACUCCCAGCUGUUGCACCAUCACCUUACACAGGAUGGACAGGGUGGUCCUGGUCAGCGCAGUCAGUCCAGUGGAAUGCAACAGAAAGCCCAAGGCAGCAAAUCCAGCUAUGGCAGCUCCCCCUACUGGGCAAACUGAGGAAUGCUUCCUAUUUGGCUCUCACCCAAAAGGCUUCAUGCGUACCUGAGUGUAUGAAGCUGAAACAAAAACAGACACAUUAUACCUACAAUGGGCAACCUUGCUCUCCCCCCCACCACCCUAAGUCCUCAUAAGUCUUUUGGGUCCCCUGACUGUUUUUUUUUUUUUUUUAAUUGGUUGUACAUGUAAGAUAUUUAUGUAUGUAUUUAUAUAUAUAUAAAUAUAUAUGCUGUAUAUGUAAUAGUAGAAAAUGAAACGUGGUUACUACAUUUUAUUUUUGAAGGAACUUUUGUUUACUUUUUUCAAAACUGCAGGAAAUGAUGCUACAUUAAGACACAAUGAGAUGACAGGAAUUAAAGUGAACGCAUAAUUAGAUUUAUCUGGAGAAAAAAGUCCCGAAAAAGGAAAAGCUGCGCUGUUAAAUGUCUAUGAGGACACUUCAGACGGGGGUGGGGUUUAUAUUUACUUAUGCAUCUGUCUCCUUUUUUUUCCUUUUUUAUACCGGACCCCUGGAAUGGCCGAGCUCUUCCCCUUGGACUUUAUUUCAUAGCCUUGUUACCAUCUCUCUGUACCUUUGUCUGGAAGCUGCCUACUAUCCUUGUGUUCCCUUUUAAAACUGACCUGCCCAUUUAAAUUUUAUAUUUUAAUUUAAUUUUAACCCUCAUUUUUCUCAUAAUAAAGUUCUGAGCAGUUGAA